UGCAUUGAAAUCUGGAUGAAAACAACUUAAAAUAUCCAUUUUACAACCUUUUAAAGUCAUAUAUUAAUGGAAAACGACGAACAAAUUGAUUUUCUCAAGCUUGAGAAAGAAUUCAGUCGAGCAGUUGAAGCAGAUGCAAAAUAUCAACGCGAAAACGCUGCCAAGUUUCGUGCAGUGGAACAACGCGUUGGAAGUUAUGAAGAGUUCAAGGAUAUCGUGGCUGCAUCGCAUUUGAAACCUCUAGAAAAGAAAGACAAACUAGGCCAAGAGAAGUUCAAGCAGCCCUGGAAUUCUUUAGCAAGUGCACAACAAAAAUCAGAAAUAUCUGCCUCUAAUCCACCAUCUGGCAAAGAGAAACAAUCUAAAUGCCCAAAAGCACCUCAUAACUUCACCAAAACAUGGAAACAUGAACUGAAAACUGCACAAGAUAGAUUUGACUAUCUUUGUCAAAUAGGAGGUCAACAUCUUGGUCAACUUUUCAAGGCAGAAGUCCCUAUGGGCUUAUUUGGAGAAAUUGUUGAAGUCUUAAAUACAAGUUUUCAGCCACCGCAUUGUGAUAUAGUUAUUGACAUUCUUAACCACUUAUCUACAACAAACAGAUUUAAUUUGACUGCUGAAUUUCUUAGCAGUAAAGAAAAAGAUGUUCUCAAAGACUUGUUUAGAAAAAUUAAUGACGUUCCUUGUGAUGACAGCCAAGAAAAGAGAAGAGAUGGACAAUUGAAAGAACUGAUAAUAGCCUAUAAAGUGAACCUUUAGUUCCUUCCUAUGGUAGAACACAUUUGAAAUAGAGCAGAGUCACUUGAACCAUGAAAUAGAAACUAAAUAUUUAGUAACUAAUAGGCACUAUUUAGACACUAUCACUGAACCAGAACAGUACAAAGAGAUUACUUUGAUUGUUAUAGUGUUCUCUUGGGUAUUGCUUAUUGGAUCAAAUAAAGUGUUCUGAUUCAGUGCUAAUGACUAUUAGGAGCUAAUAGUACCUAUUAGUUAGUACUUUUUAGUUUUUAUUUCAUGGUUCACGUGACUCUGCUCUAGGCCUGGCCUCUAUACAAGCAUAUUUUUUAACAUACACAGCAGUAUAUUUAGGGGACAAGGGGACGGGGGAGAGAGGACAAGGGAAUGCAUAGGCCAGUCCUGGAUGUGUGUUCUGAUCAGGUGUUUUGUGUGAUCCUUGUUGACAUCUUACAUGUAUGAAUGGUUUUGACAUAUUGAAAACCAUGCAGUAGAGAUGUUGGUGAAUCAAGAAUUAGACUAAAAGGUAAUAAGGAA